GAGCAAUUCAGAUUCACCUACUUCAGAGAAGACCUAGACUCAACAAUCCACUCCCCUACCAUCUCCGGCCUACUCCAGAAAAACCAAAUUGAUGACGAUCAAAAUGAAAUUCACAACAACUUUAAUAACACCCUAAUCCCCUUUUGGUUGGACGUCCUAAAUCCAACCGAAGAGGAAAUGAAAGUUCUAAGUAAAGCCUUCGGCAUCCACCCUCUAACAACUGAAGACAUCUUUCUCGGCGAAACCAGAGAAAAGGUAGAAUUAUUUAAAGACUACUACCUAAUCUGCUUUAGAACCUAUGGCUCAAAAUACUACUUUAAAGAUGAACUAGAACCCUUGAAUGUCUACAUUGUCGUCUUCAAAAAUGGUGUCCUAACUUUCCACUUUUCUCCAACUCCCCACCCUGUCAACGUCAGAAGAAGAGCAAGAUUACUAAGAGACUACUUAAAGGUCUCCUCCGAUUGGAUCGCUUAUGCAUUGAUUGAUGAUAUUACUGAUUCAUUCGGUCCAAUGGUCGAAGAUAUCGAAGAACAAGUCAAUUCAAUUGAAGAUGCAAUUAUUAAAAUGCACUCUGGCUAUUCAUCCGAUUCAGAUUCAGACUCAGACUUGGAUUCAGACUCAGAUAUCGCAGAUAUUAUCUCAGCUAGAAGAUCUGGUUACAUGUUAAAGAGAAUUGGUGAAUGCCGUAAAAAAGUAAUGUCUCUAUCAAGAUUACUAGCUUCAAAAGCAGAUGUUAUCAAAGCUUUAAGCAAAAGAUAUAGUUCUGAGGAAUUCAAAGGAACUCUGGGUCAAAAUAUCGCUAUAUUUCUUGGUGAUAUUCAAGACCAUAUAUUGACCAUGGUCCAAAACCUAAACCACAACGAAAAAUUGCUUGCAAGAUCUCAUUCCAAUUAUUUGGCUCAAAUAAAUAUUGAUAUGACAAAGGUUAACAACGAUAUGAAUGACGUUCUUGGUAAGAUAACCAUUCUUGGUACUGUUGUCUUGCCUAUGAAUGUUAUAACAGGAUUAUGGGGAAUGAACGUAAUCGUUCCAGGACAGGAACACGAGGGUUUGGUUUGGUUUGUAUCCAUUACUAGUUUUAUGUUUUUCUUUGCUUUUUGCUGCUAUGUGUAUGCUAAGAGAGUUUCGGGUAUCGCUUAG